UCGGAGAUGAAGGAGGGAGAGAAAGGGGAAAAUAAAAAAUAUUUAAAUUUCUUUUUUAGUUCAUUUUUAGAUGAUGUUCAUAAAAUUUAUUUAUUUUUGGGUUCUCUCUUAAAUAAAUUCGAAAAUUGGAAAAAAUCGUCAAAAAAUUUAAUUCAAAAAUAA